UACAAAUAUAUAUUACUUCAAAAUUUUAUAUAUAUUAUAUUAAUUGAUAUUUUUUUUUAAUUUUCUUUUUAAAACAGUAAUUAAAAAGGAAAAGAGGAAAAAGAUCAAAAAACAAAAAAACCUGUUGUACAAUAUAUAAUCAUCAAUUUUUUUUUUUCAUAUUUAUUUAUUUAAUUUAUAUAUAAAUCACAUAAAAUGAAUCCAAUUUCAGGUUUACCAGCCGUUGUCAUUGAUAAUGGUACAGGUUAUACUAAAAUGGGUUAUGCUGGUAACAAUGAUCCAAGCUUCAUUAUUCCAACUACCAUUGCAACUCAAUCAUCAAAGGGCAAACAAACUGCUGCCUCACAAAAGAAAGGUGUUGAAGAUUUAGAUUUCUUCAUUGGUGAUGAAGCCACAGCCAACUCAAAAACUUAUGAUACCAACAAUCCAGUUAAACACGGUCAAAUUGAAAACUGGACCCAUAUGGAACAAUAUUGGGAACAUUGUAUCUUCAAAUAUUUACGUUGUGAACCAGAAGAUCACUACUUCCUUUUAACCGAACCACCCCUUAAUGCUCCAGAAAAUCGUGAAGCAACCGCCGAAAUUAUGUUUGAAACUUUCAAUGUUCCAGGUUUAUAUAUUGCUGUACAAGCUGUUUUAGCUCUUGCUGCUUCAUGGACAUCAAAGAAUGCUGAAAAAACUUUAACUGGUACCGUUAUUGAUUCUGGUGAUGGUGUUACUCACGUUAUUCCAGUCGCUGAAGGUUAUGUUAUUGGUAGUAGUAUUAAACACAUUCCAUUAGCCGGUAAAGAUAUCACUGCUUUUGUUCAACAAAUCAUGAGAGAACGUGAACCAAGCAUUCCACCAGCUGAAUCAUUAGAAAUUGCUAAACGUGUCAAGGAACAAUACAGUUAUGUUUGUCCAGAUAUUGUCAAGGAAUAUGCCAAAUAUGAUGGUGAACCAGAUAAAUGGAUCAAAACCAUCAACACUCAAGAUAGUGUCACCAAGAGACCAUACAGCUAUGAUGUUGGUUACGAACGUUUCUUAGGUCCAGAACUUUUCUUCAACCCAGAAAUUGCCUCAUCCGAUUUCCUUACUCCAUUACCAAAAGUUGUUGAUGAUACUAUUCAAUCAUGUCCAAUCGAUUGUCGUAGAGGUCUUUACAAGAACAUCGUCUUAUCUGGUGGUUCCACUAUGUUCAAAGAUUUCAGCAAACGUCUUCAACGUGAUAUUAAACGUAGUGUUGAUUACCGUAUUAAAAGAUCUGAAGAACUUUCUGGUGGUAAAAUUAAAGCUGUACCACUCUCUGUUAAUGUCAUUUCACACAAUAUGCAAAGAUAUGCAGUUUGGUUUGGUGGUUCUAUGUUAGCCAGUACUCCAGAAUUCUACAAUGUUUGUCACACUAAGGCUCAAUACGAAGAAUUUGGUCCAUCAAUUUGCCGUCACAACCCUGUUUUUGGUGCCAUGGGUUAAGUUUAUUCAGUCUUUGGGGUGGAUUAAAUUUAAUUUUUUUAAUAUAUACUUAAAAAAUUCAUUUAAAUCAAAAAAAAAAAAUC